UGGCAACUUCUUUCCUGACUCGGCACCUCACUCUCUGCCCCUUUUCUCACUCCAUCCCGACGUCCCCAUUCUCACUCAUCCAGCAUGCCCUGGAAUCCCGCAGCAAAACACAUGGCGAAGCUGGACGAGCUGGGCGAAAAGGCCCAGAAUCGGCUGCGAGCUUCGCAGAAUGCUGAGGGCUCCAUGGGGGAGAGGCUCAAGGUGGCACGAUCCGGCCAGGGACAGACGGCCAUCGGAGCGAGAUGGAACAAGGAGCAGAACGCUAGAAGGGUAGCUGCUGGUAGGGCUGAAGGAGAAGAGGGAGAGGAAGAUGGAGGAGCCCCUCCACCGCCAGCGAGGAGACAGGCACCUGCUGCUGCUCCCUUUCCUGCCAGGCCACCACCGCCUCCUCAAAGAGCUGGCGCAGGAACGGGUCCGCCCCCACCACCACCGCAGCGCAAUGGCUCGUCUUCUCGUCCGCCACUCCCAGCAAGAGGCAACUCUGCCACUUCCUCUUCCAGCGCCUCGGCCCCUGCACCACCGCCACGCCUGCCCCCACGAAUGAACAAUGAUGCUGGUACCCCCAACCCUCCGCCCCCUUACACGGAGCCAGAAGCAUCAUCAAGACCUGCUCCACCGCCUCCAGCACGUCGUGGUCCACCACCAGUUCCCGCAGCAGGAAGAAAGCCCGCGCCAGCCAUCCCUACCAACAAACCAAAGCCACCAGCUGUACCGCAGCGCACCAGCAUCAAUACCCAGCCUCCCACGGCUGCUUUGGCUAGCGUAUCCAUCAGCACCUCCACACCUCCCCCUCCACCCAUUGCUUCACCCGAGCCACUAGGUCCCCUAACCGCCUCCCGUCGGCCUUCCACCUCCCCCUGCUCCGCUCUCGAAUCCGCAACCUUCUUCUGCUACCCGACGCAUUACGCCGAAUGGUCCUCUCACCCGGCCAACAGCAACCAACCAUGGUACUUCCGUCUCACGCAGAGCAGCCCAGUCAACAUGCCCCCGACCAUGAUGGGGAAAAAUGACCGAGUCUGGAGCGCGUCGGUCAUGCGACGUAGUGCGGGUAGGGUGGAGGAGGAGGAGCAAGUGGGUGCUAUUCUAUUUGGAGACUUGAGCUCGCUCUGGUACAAGAUCUCCUACUCCCCCUCAAACCCCGCGGAGAGCAUGCAAUGCAAGGUAGCCUAUGCCGAGCCUCCUCAACCAUGGCUCGACUCCAGCCUACUACAGAGCAGUGCAGCUUCGUAUGGAGAGCUCGUCGCGCGUGCGUGCGAAGCGUGGGAGGGGCAAAUCGUAGGAGACGGGGAGUGCUGGACCCUAGCCAACGAAGCGAUCAAGCAGUGCAAUGAGAGUCAGGGGUGGGGAGAGGAGAGCAAGAUGCUCCAGACGGUCGAAAGGACGCAUGGACACUUGAUGUACUAUGCUGAGGCGGGUAAGGGGGGACUCUGGAGGGGUGGAGACGUUGGUUGUGUGCAAAGGGGCGACGUACUGGAGUGGGACGAGUAUGCGCAGUGCAAGCAACUCUCACCUGUCAAGGGGGCGACGGUCAACUAUGGCAACCAAGCCAAGGCCUGCCCUGAGCACACCGCCAUCGUCGUCUCCGCUCCCGCGCCCCCCUCGCAGCGUCAGCCCGAUCCCUCUGGCGAAACCGCCCUGCGACCGGAGGAGAUCGGCUGGGUCGAGGUGCUGGACCAGUCUGCUGGUGUGGUAGUGACGAGGAGUACGCUUGAUCUGAGUCAGUUGAUGAGGGGCAAGCUGUACAUCUAUCGACCGGUGGGUGGGGAGGCGUACUUGGAAGGCAAGGUAGAGGCCAAGUGGGAGGGCGAGGGCAGGAGGAGAGGGUGGGAGGCGCUCAACUAGGCUCGUAGACUAUCCGUUCAAUGCAUCGUGUCAUGUGCUUGAUGCGAAUUUUCUUUCAUUUACCCCCCUUUCUCUGACUUCUAUCAACUCUUCGCCCUGCCAUCCGCUUUUCUCUCCGCUUCAGACACGCCUUCCCAAGCCUUGUCCAGUCUAUCGAU